CUGAAACCGGAAUCCUUUGUAUCCUCAACAGAUCCUUCAAUUGUGCGACACGCUCUCAAGUUUGGGGUUUACAAGAUCAAUCUCCAUCAGCAGGGAAAGGAGUUUGAGCCAAAAGCCACUACUGCGCUUCCUGGCACUGCCGACUUGUGCUUCCUGGUCCAGGAUGGAACCAACCUAGACGACGUCAUUUCCGACUUUCAGAAAUCGGGAAUCCAGAUUCUUGAAGGCGAGGAAGUGGUCGCCCGUACUGGAGCCCAGGGUCCAAUACGCAGCAUUUAUGUCAGAGAUCCAGACGGGAAUCUCAUCGAACUGUCGCACUACGAAGAUGCUCAUUAG